AUGGUGAACCGACGCAAUGGAUUAGGAUAUGAGAACGGCGAAUCCUCUAACACUAACCCCGACCUAGCUCAAAUCAUGCAAGCAAUCGUAGCAGCCUUAAACGCCAACCGCCGAAACCAAAAUCGUGAUGAUGAACCUAUGACCCGAACUCGCGCGAUGAACGAAUUUUGCAAACGCCGACCUCCGACCUUCAAUGGAGAUACCAACCCCACUGUGGCUGAAACAUGGCUAAAAGAAGUCAAGGUGAUCCUAGACACCUUGGAGAUUACCCGAAAUGGAGAUCGUGUAGCCUUAGCCACAUACCAACUAAAAGGAGAAGCCCGUUAUUGGUGGGAUUUGACAGAGGCAACCCAUACCAUAGCCACCAUGACCUUCGACGAGUUCAAGACCCUAUUUCUUGACAAGUACUUUCCCACGCCUCUUCGUUUGGUCAAAGAACAAGAGUUUCUAAAUCUGAAACAAGGAACGAUGACCGUUACCCAAUACGUGGCCAAGUUCGAGGAACUGUCCCGCUACGCCCUAGCCGCCAUAGCAACGGAGGUUUGA